AUGCAAUCUUUAGUAGCUUCCAAAUUCUUACAACGCCAAAUCCUCACUCACAACAAGAACAAAAGUAGCCAAAUAUUCGAAAACAUCGUAAUAAAAAAACCUAAUUCGUGCGAUGUUUUCAUCAACCAUCGAGGAACUGACACGAAACGGUCCUUCGCCUCAUUGCUUUACGACCAUCUUUUUCAUCUCAAGAUUCGCCCGUUUUUGGACAACAAGACUAUGAAGCCGGGCGACAAGUUGUUCGAAAAGAUCGACACCGCAAUUAGGAGUUGCAAAAUCGGCGUAGCCAUUUUCUCCCCGCGUUAUUGCGAGUCGUACUUUUGCCUUCACGAGCUCGCGCUCAUGACCGAGUUGAGGAAAAAAGUGAUCCCCGUCUUUUGCGACGUUAGGCCGGCCGAGCUUAGGGUUUUGGAUAAUGGGAAAAUGAGUAAGGAAGAGUUUGAAAGGUUUAGUUUGGCCUUGGAGGAGGCUAAGUACACCAUGGGACUUGUGUUUAACUCUCAAAAGGGGAACUGGUCAGACAUAGUGAGAGACGCAGCUGAUAUCGUGAUAGAGAGCCUGGAAGAGAUUCAUGAGGAUAAAGAAGAAGAAGAAGAAAUAAUUCUAUUCUAA